AACACAUCCUCAUACAAAUUUGGGCAACAUCAAUUUCUCUUGUAAGGAUCCUACCAUCAAUGCUCUUCGUACAAGUUCUCACUAACAGACGAUCGACCCCAUCGGCCACGCAAAAAUUGCAGCCACGCAAAGCUGCAACUGAACAAACUUAAACCGGCGCCCAAGCUCCGUCUUCAGCUACAACCACAUCUAUUUCAGAAUAUAUGCAUGUGCUCCGUGGACAAUAAUGGGUCUCGUUUCAUACACCAGGUUGUACAAUAUCAGAAUGACUUGUGAUCUGCAACCACUCAUCGGACCAAAAUAGACAUCACGUCCACCCGAGAGAUGCCACAAUAUUUCUAUGGUUUAGACCACGUUCUAUACUCUGCUUGAACAUUUAUCAACGAUCGGAAGGGAAGCUGUACUUUCCACACCAGGCGACACCAGACGUAAGGCGCAAUUAUAUGGAGGGGAAAUUGUCCCCGCUUCUCGGCUUCCGCAACGGUACUUGAUCCUGGGGCAAUUAUGACAGUACCCGGCCACACGAAGCGUGGCUGAAAUUGAGGGUCUUGAUAUCUUGGCACGAAUAAAAUGGUACGCGUGUACAUCGUUUCAUCCAAACAUUCCACACAAUGCUGAUAAAUACCAAUUCAGCCGCGAAAUGUUUUGAUGACGAAGUGAGGAUAGAAUGCCAAAUAUGGAGCACUUACGACUGGCAAUCAUCGACGUCGACAUGGGCUGAAUAGGUAACGGCCUUGUUGCGGCGUAGCUGCCUGCGUAGUCACGGAGGAAGUCGAAACAAAACACCAAAGUUGUGGAGUUCGUCCGGACAUUCAGCAAGCGGAUGCCAUCCCGUUGGGCCUUCAGAAUGGUGACAUUGUAUGGAUGUCCACAACAGUGAAGAUGGAGUCUCCUGUCAGUGUAUAAAUAUACGCUGAUUUUCCUUCAUUUCAAUUCCAUCCUCAUCUUCUUCUUCGACAUCAUCGUCUUCUACCUCCUUCUAUCACCAUUCCAGCAUAUUAUCACUUCAGCAGCGACACUCCAUUCACCAAUUGAAUCAUGAGAUCUUUCGCCCCUCUCGUACUCGUUGCUUUGGCCACUUCUGCCUCAGCUCAAUCUCUAGCAGCUCCUGUACCACCAACCGAUCUGCCCUCGGGGCGUCCUUCAGGCAUCAGAACCGGAUCUGCUCCAUUCCCUCAAGGAACUGGGGGCUUUGGGGGUCCCCAAGUAUCUGGAGAGAGACCCACAGGCGCUUUCCACAGCGGAUUUCCGUCAGAUGGCUUUGGUGGAGCUUUCGCAACCGCUUCUAACCGGCCUCACCCUUCUGGCGUGAAUGCUCCCUUCGAGAGUGGCUUUGAAGGACGACCUUCAGGUAGACCUUCAGCAGUGCGUCCCUCAGGCUCACAUGUCCCACCUGCAUUGCCUGGCAUACCUACAGACAUUAUCGCCCGUCAAGCCCCAACCGGUUUUGAAUCUGGAUUUGAAGGCACCAAGCCAACUGCGGGCUUUCCAACUGCUGGCUUUCCACCUGCGGGCCUCCCAACUGAUGGAGCUUUUCCAUCAGGCGGGUUGCCAUCAGGCGGGUUCCCAUCAGGCGGGUUCCCAUCAGGCGGGUUCCCAUCAGGCGGAUUUCCAACAGAUGGAUUUCCAACAGAUGGAUUUCCAACAGGCGGAUUUCCAUCCACUUUCCGAACCCGAGUUCGUCCAACUCCCUCUGCUUAGAAGUCGCAGAAUUCGCAAGCGUCCAUAGGAGAAGUUGUUGGAGAUAUAUGGGGCGGAGACUGAUUGUACCACAUGCUUGUCAGCAUUUUCUGUAUAUAGCUUGUUUCUUUGGUUGGAUUGUUUUUUGCCUUUGACGUCCGAAAGUUGAGAAAAACCAGAACCUGUCAGCUUGAUCGGGACGUGGCAUUUGGGUAUUGCAGACGAGAACAGAUCAAUUGAUGCUAUUCUCCAAAUCUUGGCUUCUAUCCUCUUGCAUGUCUCGACGCCCAUCUGAAUGGACACCAACGAUGUGCUCUUGAUUCCCUUGGUCUAAACAUUUUGGCGCGAGUCAUCCCAUCCAGAAUGGCCUAAUACUUGGUACAUAUGCCAUGUUUUAGUACUGCAGUCUCCAACUUCUUAGUUCAAAACAGCUGACGAGAUUCAUGUACGAUGCCGG